UUAAUUUACUAUUGUAGCUGUUGUCUGUCAUGGUCUGUUUCGCGUUAUAAUCUUUAAUUUCUAACAUUAUUUAGACACUAAUGUUAAUCGGUGAAAAAAAAACAUCGUGGACCGGGCUUAUAAUUUUUAAUCCGUUCAAAUUUCAAUUGUCUUCCUACCACAGUUAGUGCUUCUUCUGCAGAGAAGUGAAGACAUAUAGUCUGGUGACUAACAGACGGACGGAUAGCCCAUAGGUUUUCAUUCACUGGUGUGUGAAACUGUGGACUGUUACUGUCAUUCUUAUUUCGAACUUCCUAUCAACUUGCCAGUGCCACUCAUUUGUCAAAGAAGUUGGGAACUAGUCUGUCGUGUCGUGUUUACUAUUACCACUUGCUAUACAAAAUAGUUUUAAAGUUUUUAAUUUUAUUUUACGAAAAAUACGUCAAAAGCAACUAUCUGAAAAACUUAUCACCAUUGUGAAAAAAAUACAAUCUUACCAAAAUGGCACAGGCUAAAGCAGACAUUGCUCUUAUUGGGCUAGCAGUUAUGGGACAGAAUUUAAUUCUGAACAUGGACAGCAAAGGUUUUGUUGUGUGCGCUUACAACAGAACUGUAGCCAAGGUGGAAGAAUUUCUCAAAAAUGAAGCCAAGGGAACUAAAAUCAUUGGUGCUACAUCACUAGAAGAUAUGGUGACCAAACUCAAGAAACCAAGGAAAGUUAUGUUACUUGUUAAAGCUGGAUCGGCUGUUGAUGAGUUUGUUCGUAAGCUGGUGCCCCUUCUUGACAAGGGCGACAUUAUAAUUGACGGUGGAAACUCACAGUACAUAGACACACAGCGUUGGUGCAAGGAACUCGCUUCAACUGGUAUCCUUUACGUGGGAAUGGGUGUGAGUGGUGGUGAAGAUGGUGCUCGUUAUGGACCAUCCCUGAUGCCUGGUGGACACGCUGCUGCUUGGCCUCAUGUCAAACCUAUAUUCCAGGCUAUAUGUGCGAAAGCCAAUGAUGAGCCUUGUUGCGACUGGGUGGGCGAGGAUGGCGCUGGACAUUUCGUCAAAAUGGUCCACAACGGUAUCGAGUAUGGUGACAUGCAGCUCAUUUGCGAAGCUUACAACCUGAUGAAGGAUGUUCUAGGUAUGGAGCAAGGUGAAAUGGCUGAAGUAUUUGAACAAUGGAACAAAGGAGAGCUAGACUCAUUCCUUAUCGAAAUAUCAAGGGAUAUCUUAAAAUUCAAGGAUACAGAUGGUAAAUAUUUGCUGCCGAAGAUUCGGGACACAGCGGGACAGAAGGGCACAGGAAAGUGGACUGGUAUUGCAGCCCUAGAGUAUGGUGUACCUGUGACCCUAAUUGGUGAGGCAGUGUUCGCUCGCUGUCUUUCGGCCCUUAAAGAUGAGCGAGUUAAGGCAAGCAAGGUGUUACCUGGAUCGACCACCAAAUUCAGCGGUGAUAAGAAGCAGUUCUUGGAACACUUGCGUAAAGCUCUUUAUGCUAGCAAGUUGAUAUCCUAUGCCCAAGGCUUCAUGCUACUCCGUGAGGCAGCCAAGGCGAACCAAUGGAACCUAAACUACGGCAGCAUCGCUCUGAUGUGGCGUGGAGGCUGCAUUAUCAGAAGUGCUUUCCUUGGCAACAUCAAGGACGCGUUCACUAAGAACCCUCAGCUGACGAACCUGCUCUUGGACCCAUACUUCUGUGAGCGCAUCAGUGGCUCUCAGCAAUCUCUGCGGCAGGUGGUAGCACAGACCGCGCUCGUCGGUGUUCCCGCGCCCGCUUUCUCCGCCGCACUCGCCUUCUAUGACGGCUAUAGAUCUGCUGUACUCCCAGCUAAUAUGCUCCAGGCUCAAAGGGACUAUUUUGGUGCGCACACCUACGAGCUUAUUACCAAGCCAGGAGAAUUCGUACAUACAAAUUGGACUGGCCACGGUGGCAACGUGUCUGCUUCAACAUACAACAACUAAAUUGUUACAUUGUUACCGACAUAGGGACCAUUAUAAUUUACGUACGAUAAAUCCAUUUUUGUGUAAUGUGGGUGCAGUUUAAUAAUUUAUGUUAUGUUUUUAUAUGCUACAAUCGCUUCAUGAAUAAGGUGGCUGGGAUAUGCAACGCAUUCGGUCACGUUUUUACAACAUGGUGCUAGAGCAUCUUAUUAUUAUUAUAAAUGUGCCUUUUUUCAAGGAAAAAGGGAAAUAUUUUUGAUUAUAUACAUUUUUCUAUAACAUUCCUAUUUACAUUGUCUUUGGGUAGUUAAUGAAGUGACGUGAUGAUGAAAUCAUUCCGUAUUUCGUUGUUAUUUUUAAAGGAAUAUAAAUCUUUUAGAUAGUUAAGAAUAAAAAAAGUUUGUCACCAAAUACUCGUCCUGUCGUAUGUACGAUAGGACGUACUGUCAGCGCUGACCUUCAGUCGGGCAUUGUUUCCAACCUUUGCCCUCAAUGCGUUGUCUAUAGGGUAAGAUUUCGAUAAUCCUUUCUUUCUUAAAAAUAUAUUUACGUGAGAACAGUUGUUGUUUUUAAUAUAAUCCAGGAUAUCAGCUAAUGUUAUUUUAUAAUGUAUUUGGUGACUAAUUAGUUUAUUUUUGUAACAAAAAAUAUUUAUGAAACUCAAAAGAUAUUUAAUUUGUGAUCUAAACAAAUACAACUUAUUUAAAUUUAAUUUAUGCAUAUGUAUUGUUUUUGAUGUUAUUGUGAUGGUUGUAUUGUCUUUUUUAAUCUAAGUGAACUGCUUUUUGGGACGCAUACUAUUUUUGACAUUUUUUCAUAAAUAAAUUAUUAAUAAAUGAAA